AAAACACUUACUCCUAGAGUUAACUAAUACGAUUAUAUAAUUAAGAUAUUUGGAUGAUGCUUAGUGAAUAAGAAUCACUCCCAAAAAGUAGGAGCCAAAAUAGAAUCUAAGAUGAAAAAUUGAAUGAGAAUAUUAAACAUCAGAAUUUCAAUUUUAUAGACUAGUUUUCAUUUAAGCCUUAAUUUGAAAGGAUAUUAUAGCAAUUUGAAGUUAAUUAGGAAAUACCUCAAAAAAUGAAAUAUAAACAAGUUGUCAAUUCCAAAUCAAUCAGGACUAUUUCUCCUUCAAAUCCACAGCAAUAUACUCAAUAAUCCACAAUCAUCCAAUAGCCUCCAGUACCACCUAAUUAAAAGAAGGAACCAAUAUAGAUCAAAUUAGAUAUCAAAUAAUUCAUGAAUGCAACAGAUCAAUAGAAAUAUAUCAGUCCAAUACAUAGUUAGAGAUUAUAAAUAGGUAAUUUAUAAAUUAAGGUAGGAAUGACUAAUUAGAAUGAUAAAUCAUUUUAAGUCAAUGUUAAUUUUAGAAAUGAAUGA